UAAAAGCGGACUGCGUCGACGUCCUCUCGCCAAACAACGAUCGAGCUCCGAUAAGGACGCGUCUACGACGAGGGAUCCGCAGCAAGUGCAAUAAUUAAUUUGCGACGUAAUUCUUCGUGGGAAAUUUGACAUUUAAAGAAGAGAGACGACAAAAUGGCCACGAUAAGCUUCAAGGUGUAUCUGUCCGAGAAUUACGAGGAUUACCCGUUCGAAAAUAAGACCCAAUUCGAAACGCGCAGAUUCGGCAUCGACGCCGACGUCGCGACAAAUUACGUAUAUGUGUGCGAAAAAUUGCAAAGCCUCUUCCCGACUCUGCGAAGGAAGCUCUUCUGGAUCGAGUGGAAAGAUGCAGAGAACGAGAUGAUUAAGAUAUCAACCAACGAAGAGCUGGAGAUCGCAAUAGAGGAGAUGUCAUCUAAGAACAACAUCUGUAAGCUGUAUGUUAGAAUACAACCCGUUCGAGACUCAGCAUCCACAUUAUACAACAAAGAAGCAUUAUUGCACCAUGGCGUAACCUGCGACGUGUGCAAUAUAAUGAUAAGAGGCUUCCGCUUCAAGUGCAUGCAAUGCGAGAACUACGAUUUAUGCUGCAACUGCAUGUUGCUGGGCCACCAUCACGAACAUUAUAUGGUUCGGAUGGUGCACCAAGUCGACUGGCUGAGUCGCGAAGGACGUCGACUGGCUCAUCACUUGCACAAGUGGGCGAAGUACAGCAAGAACGACGAGCGCAGAUCGUACAACAAGAGCAGCAAGCGACGCGGCUGUCCGGCGUUCCAACAUCCACCUGGUAAAAAAGACGCUUAUGACGUAUUCUUUAAAACUCCGCUGAUGGAUUUUCUAGACACUCUGCGUGUUGAUUCGUCAGAUGAGACUCAGAAGCGAUCCAAGGAACAGCAGCAGAGGGAUCCAUCAGCCGAGGCUGCCACCGAGGCGACGGAGGAGGACCCGGCCGAGCAGACCAGGCACAGAUUGUCCCAAAUCAUGAAGAUAGUCGAGGACAAUCUUUCCAAUAUCACCCAGUUCCUGGACCCGCUCGGCAUCAACGUCACCGUGAUGACCGACAAGGAUUCCAAGGAUAAACCCAGCAGCUCGCAAAAGACCGAGAAUCAGGCGUCUACGUCGGAAGAGCCUACCAAGAAGUUUCCCGGCGAAGGGAAGAAGUUGAACGAUGAAACUGGAAUUACUACGGAUGAGAAAACUAUUCCUUCGACCAGCAAGGCGUCUUCGCCACAGAAGGAGCCAACAACCGGCGCAUCUGCCGAACAAGCGGCAGAAGCUGAAGAGUGGACGAUAGUGCAGCCGCAAGAUGAGAGCUCUACCACCAGCCGCACAUCUUCCAUCUCAUCCUUGAACGAGGCUGUACCUAAACAGGUUGCACCAUCCGCUCCAGCCGCAACCGCUAUGGAAACAGAACCAGAGAAAGCAGAAUCACCAAAACAAAACAUCUACCCAUCCUUACCUCAGGAAGUAAGGGAAGAGUUCUAUCAUCCAAAUCCGAAGAUCCAACGAGCAGUAACAGCAAUGAUGGCGAUGGGAUUCAGCAAUGAGGGUGGAUGGUUGACUCAUCUGCUUGUUUCAAAAGACGGUGACAUUGGCAAAGCCCUAGACGUAUUACAUCCGGUACGCCCACAUUAAAAGAGAAACAGUUAAAAUUUUAGUUGACGAUAGUUUACAUACAAUAACAUAAAUGGCAAUGGUAAACUAUUAACAUAAUCAAUAGCUGAUGAUAAUUUGUUACUAAUAUUAU